AUGAAGUUCUCCACCGCCGCUCUUUCAGCCACCCUCGCCGCCCUCGUCGGCAGCACUGCCGCUCAGCUCGAGAUCAUCUCGCCCGGCGGUCCCAACCUGUGGUGGGUUGCCCAGUCGGACAACGUCGUCUCCUGGACCUGCAAGACCUCCCCAUUCACGAACUUCACUGUUCUGAUCGCCAACUCGGACCCGAAGGUCCUCACCGCGCCCCAGGCGUUCAUUGCCCAGCAAAACAACUUCGACUGCUCCAAGCUCAUCACCAAGGACCAGAUCAACCAGGCGCCUGGCACUGGCUACACCAUCCAGCUCGCCAACAUCUUCAACGAGACGGACAUCUUCGCUGAAUCCGAGCCGUUCGAGAUCAAGGCCAUCGGCUCCUCCUACCCCGCCUCGUCCGCGACGCCCACCAUCGGUGGCUCCGCAACCGCCUCCGGCUCUGGCUCUAGCGCGACGGGCACCAACUCUGCCGCUUCCGGCUCCGCCUCUGCCACGAGCGGCAGCAACGGUGCAGGCAGCAUCGGCACCCCCAGCGGCCUCGCCGCUCUCGUCAUCGCCGCACUCGGCCUGACGUUCGCCUAA